AUGGAAUUAAGUAAAACUUCAAGAAAUAUCUCGUCAAUGGAAAUAAAAAAACCACAAUCUCAUCAAAAUAUUUCUCAAUGGGUAACGUUAAUUAAUUCACAAAGGUAUUUACAAAAGCUUAAGUUGGAAAUGUUUUAUAGUAAAUAUUCAUCAAUGAUCGCUUUGGCCAUCCCUUCACAAUAUCAUUCUCUGAAAGAGGUUGAAUUGGCUUAUUGUAAAUUUUAUCAAGCGAGCCUUUUGGAUGAAUUAUCAUCUUGUCCAAAUCUAAUUUCUUUAAUAAUUAAAGAUUGUUCAUUCGUCGAGAAAUCCAAAAUCAUUAAUCAUUUCGUAUCAUUAAAAUCUUUAUAUAUUUCGAAAUCUCAAUUACCACAGGAAUAUUUUUUAGCCAUGUUAGGACAACCAUCAAAAUUAGAAAAAAUUACUCUUAAUUUAAUAGAUUUUUUUAAAUAUCCAAAGAUCAUCCCAUUCAUUUGUUUAAAUUGUUCUCAAUUAAAAGUAUUAGAAAUAGUUUUGGUAGAAGAAACAUUUGAAAAACUUGUAUCAAUAUUGGAAAAUUGUCAAUUAUUAGAGGAGGUAUCAAUUUGGGAGAAAUUCGAUUGGAUAGGUCAUGAAUUUUAUGAUUAUCAUGAUUCUUAUUUUGGUAAUUACAUGAAUCCUAAUUUAGUUAUAAAAAAGAUUUCAAAUCAUUUACCAAGAAAUCUUAAAAAAUUGCACUUUUCUCAACUUUUUAAUUUCACCUUUGAAGAUAUACAAUACUUUAUUCAAAAUGCUCCAAAUACUUUACAAGAUUUGAAAUUUUAUGCUAUAGUUAAUGAUAAAAAUGAUUAA